GGCUAGCGCGCUGCCUGCCUGCCUGCCUGCUCUCCACGCCCUCCUUCACUCUUGACUCACUACACGCUCAUGCUCACGCUCACGCUCACGCACCCCCGCGCGCGACUAAAAUGUCCAGUCGCAAGUCCAAGCUGAAUCCUACGCCAGCGCUCGACACUGCCUCCAUACCUCGUGCAAAGCCGCGGCCACCACCACCACCUCCACCUCAACGCAGCCACUCCAACGACUCCAACGUCUCCCACAGCAGCUCCUCCACCGACACUUCCGAAGAGGAGGCAGCUCAACGCGAAGCUCAUCUGGGCGAACAAGGUGGCGCGCCUCCAAGCGUCUUCAGACCCGCAUUCAGCUCCUUUGCCCUGCUCCUCUUCAUCGCCGCCCUGCACGCCAUCGCCCUAUGGAUCUUUCUCAGCGGCUUCCUCCUCACCAGGGUCACGCUCGAUGGUGUCGCCUCCUGUCCUCACCAAAGCAACCUCACCUGGUCACCUCCUCCCCCAAUCACACACGCUGCAGGCCAUGAUGCCUCGCUGGAUGUGAGCGCAUGGCAAGAUGAGCUGGACAAGCUUGCCGAAUGCUCCCUACCCCCCGUCAAGCGCAGAGCAGUGCUGCUCAUCAUCGACGCUCUCAGGUGGGACUUUAUCGCCGACACUACGCGCGCGCACAACGCAUCCGCAUCCCCAUCCCCAUCCGCAUCAGAGUGGUCCCCCAAUCCCCACCAUCACGGCAUCCUCGAUCUGCCAUCAUCGCUGCACCGCAAUCGCCAUCGCCAUCGCCAUGGCCAAUCCACAAGCCUCUCCUUUCUCUCCCACUUUCAUGCCGAUGCUCCCACCACCACAUUGCAGAGGCUAAAGGGCUUGACCACCGGCACCCUUCCCACCUUUAUCGAUGCCGGAUCCAACUUUGCCGGAUCCGAGAUAGACGAAGACAAUUGGCUGUCCCAGCUUCGCAACGCUUCCCUCUCGCAGCCUCAGCCUCAGCCUAAUGGGCGCGCGCGCGCAGCAGGUGGUAGAGCCGGAUUGGCAUUCAUGGGCGACGACACGUGGUCUGCCGUGUACCCAGGUUUAUUCGACAAUGACUGGACAUUUCCCUACGACAGCUUCAAGGUGGAUGAUCUGGACACGGUCGAUCGAGGCGUAGAGUCGCGUCUGCUGCCGUUCUUGCAGCCUGCUAGCACUAGCAGCACUAGCAGCAGCAGCAGCAGCAGCAGCAGCAGCAGCAGCUCGCAUGCUCCGCCUCCUCCCGAUGCUGCUUCUUGGAGGCUGCUGGUGGCGCACACGCUGGGUGUCGAUCACGUGGGUCAUCGCUUCGGUGCGCACCAUCCAAAGAUGAGGGUCAAGCUGCUGGAGAUGCAGAGCUUCUUGAAAGAGGUGGUCGAGCACUUGCCCGACGAUGCUCUGCUCAUCCUGGCCGGAGAUCAUGGCAUGGAUGAUCACGGCGAUCAUGGCGGAGAUGGUGAAUUGGAAGUGGGCGCUGGGCUGUGGAUCUACGCCAAGCAUGGGCUUGGAGACGGCGACGGGGACGGGGACGCAGAGCAGGCGGAUCGCGCUGCAUCCCACGCACGCGAAGUGCAAGCCCUGCUGCAUCGAUUGGCUGCAGAUGCCAGCAUUUCGGAUGCUGUGCCUCCCUUUGCGGCAUUCAGCCCGCUGCCGCAUCCUCCUCUGCAUAGGAGCGUCAGUCAGAUCGAUCUGGUACCCACGCUCAGCCUCUUGCUCGGGCUGCCCAUCCCUUACAACUCUCUCGGAUCCAUCAUUCCUGAAUUGUUCGCCCCAACGUCUGCUUCGGACGAUGUGCUCCUCAGAGCUGCUCGCAUCAACGCCAAGCAGAUUCGCAACUACUUGUCCCACUACUCUAGGCGAUCCAAGGAUCUCAAGCGUUUCGAGCAGGAGCUAAGCAGCGCUUGGCGUAGCGCCAUUCGUGCUGAUGCCGAGUACGCUCAGGUGCUCGUCCAGGGCAGCGAUGCCGAGCGCGCCAUUGCUCGGCAUGAAUGCACCUUUGCCUACCUCCGAUUCACGCGCAUCGCCCUAGGCAGAGCCAGAAGCGUUUGGGCCCAAUUCGAACUGCACAAGAUGACGCUCGGUCUAGUCCUGCUUGUGCUCAGCUUUGGUACGCUCUUGCAACUUCGUUCGGCCUCUCGUUCGGGUCUGAUCUCUGGUCUCGCGCGGAUGGACGAGAGGGUGGAGGGAUCGGCUGGCAAGCCCCGUGGAAGCGUGCGGAUCAAGAGUCGGCUGGUCGUCAAGCGCACGCAGGGUAUUGCGCAGCUCGCAAAAUUCUCGCUGGACCGCAUCGUUGCCGGUGGUCGAUCAGGCGCAGUCGUGGGUCUGGUUCUGUGGGCAUGCAAGGCGUAUCUGCCUGGCUUGGAACUCGACUUUGUUCUCGGCGGACUGGGCAUGGCAGAUUUGACUCUGGCAGGCUUGUCGAUCGGCUCCCAACUCUCGCUACUCAUCUCCCAAUCCAGCACUUGGGCAGCUUCGCCGAGAUGGUCCAUCCAUGCCGUUCUCGGUCUCAUCUUCCCACUGCUCUACGCUGCGGGCUUUGGCAGCGUCAAAUUCGUCAUUUGGGAAGACGCAUUCGUCAACGCUUUGCUAAUCCUUGCGCUGCUCUCCCGAGCAGCUUGCGCGUACGCGUACGCCCCGACCAGAACUCUCAAGAGGCGGCAGAUUUUCCUCUCGCUUGCGCUGGCUGGUCUUGCGAGGCUUUUGGCGCUCGUCAGAGUCUGCAGAGAAGAACAAGGUCCGGACUGCGCAUCUACAUUCUACGCGAAAAAGGGCAGCACUCUGAAUAGUCCUUUGGCUGUUGGUGCAGCUUAUCUAUGUGCUCUGGCUUUGCCUGCCAUUAUCGGCAAGGUGCUGGAGCUGUCCAAAAGCAAUGCAGGGUAUGCACCCGCCUUUGAGAGCUGGGUGCUCCGACCUACCCUAUUGGUUGGAGCUGGGUACUGGCUGUUGGACUGGACAACGACUUCCGAGACGCUUGCUCUGCCCCAACCCACCAUCGCAUGGCUCCAAUGGCUCAUGAGAGUGAUGGCGCGGGUAGACCUGAUUGCUGUGCUCAUUCUAGGCUUGACCAUUUGGGCCUUCGCACCGCUAGCCCUGGAGCUCAAAGAGGAGGAAAUUACUGUACCCGCUAGGCCGGCUUCCUCUACUCCAUCGCACGCCCCGACCAAACGGAUCAUCGUGCUGGGCUUUGCCAAUAGUCUAGGCAGCUCUUACCUGUUGGGGCUGUGUCUCGUCCCGCUUGCGCUGCUCUUCUUGUUCGCGCAGCCCAUGGGUCAAGUCGUCCUGUCUGCGGGGUUCUUGACCGUAGUGGCAUUUGCAGAACUAGGCGAUGGCGAGCGAGAUGGUGGCAUGCUUCGAGAAAAGUUGCUAAGGGAUGCCAAUGCGAAAAGGACGGAGGAGAAAAGGGCUUUGGCCAGCAAAAUCGAGCCUAUGCAUGCUCCGCUAUCCCUAGCGCCCACAAUGCUAGAAGUCUCCACGCUGGGCCUGUUCGCAUCUCAACUCUUUUUCAAUACUGGUCAUCAAGCCACAUUCCCCACGAUCCAAUGGAGAACAGCUUUUGUGGGCUUUGAGAGCGUAACCUAUCCAUUCGCCCCCUUGUUCGUCUCUUUGAACACGUUUGGUCCCUUGGCGCUUCUACCAGGAUUGAUGCUCCCCCUGUUCGUCCUGUGGAACCUCAGCCCGCGGCCUCGAGCGGGACCCGGUGCGACUGCGGGCAAACCCGCUGCUGCUGCUGCCACCUCGACCAGCAAGGCCGCUUCGGGUACGGCUGCUGCGCGCACAAGCACGAUCAGCAUGCCCACCUUUUCCCACCUCUUUUCCGCAUUCCUAGCCAUCGCACUGUACAACACCAUCCUCUCCCUCGGCGCCACCUUUUUCGCCUUUUGGUUCCGCAGACACUUGAUGCUCUUCAAGCUGUGGACGCCUAGGUACAUGCUCGCUUCCGUUCAGCUCCUUGUUGGAGACCUCUCUGCUUUACUAGCCACGAUAGCCACCGCCAUUGUAGCUUCCAAAGUCUCGACGACAUUUGGCAGCGCUUUCGAUUGAGGCCCAAAAAAAAAUCAUCACACAAAUGGAUCAUGUAAACGUAUUAAUAAUGGCAUGCAUCUCAAAUUUGGC